AUGGACCCUCUUACUCUUGGAAGGUUGUUAGGAGAUGUUGUUGAUCCCUUUACAAGUUCUGUAUCUUUGAGGAUUGCCUAUAACAAUAACUCAGAAGUAGUCAAUUGUUCUGACUUCAAGCCCUCCCAAAUUACCAAACAACCAAGAGUUGAUGUUGGUGGUGAUGAUUUUAGGACUUUUUACACUCUGAUUAUGGUAGACCCCGAUGCACCUAGUCCUACUAAUCCCAAUAUGAGGGAGUAUUUGCAUUGGUUGGUAAUUAACAUUCCAGGAACUACAGGGGCGAGCUUCGGGCAAGAGAUAAUGAAGUAUGAGAGUCCAGAACCAACGGCAGGAAUACAUAGAAUAGUGUUUGUGCUGUACAAGCAAAUGGUGGGGAGGCAACUGAUACACGCUCCCACCUGGCGUAACAACUUUAACACUCGCGACUUUGCUCAAGUUUACAAUCUCGGAUCUCCUGUUGCUGCUGUGUACUUCAAUUGCCAGCGGGAGAGUGGUUGUGGUGGAAGGAGAAUGAUCUAG